AUGUCUGUGAGAACUCUCCCCCUGGUUUUCAUUAAUCUGGGUGGAGAGAUGCUUUACAUACUGGACCAACGCCUACAAGCUCACAACACGUCUGAGGACAAUUCAGAGAAAGGAGUGUGGUCAGAAAAUGACAGAAAAAGAGUCAUGAAUGACAUUGUUGGGGCCAUGUUUAGUAAAGACUUUAUGGAUGAACUUCUCAAACCGCAGCAGCUGUAUUCUCACAGGACACUGAAAACAGUGCUAACUCGGUUAGCGCACGCCUCCAUCAUGAGGCUGAACCCGGCCAGCAUGGACAGGCUUUACGAGCUGAUGGUCAUGGCGUUCAAAUAUCAGGUCUUCCUUUGUCCACGGCCUAAAGACUUGCUGCUCAUCACAUACAAUCACAUAGAUACAAUCAGGGAAUUUGUAAGACACACUCCUGUGGUUGUGAACCAAGUGGACGAGACACAUAGGAAGAUCAUUGAGGUAUACUCAUCUUUGCCAGAGGGUGAAUUCCAGCUUCUCAGACAAACACUGCUAAUAUUUUUUCAAGACAUGCAUGUUCGGGUGUCAAUUUUCCUCAAAAACAAAGUCCAGAAUCACAAUGGACGUUUUGCCCUGUUGACAUCAGGCCCAGUGCCUCAUGGGAUAGAUGUUCCAGGGCUUAUUAGGAUGUUUGACAGGAAGGGCAGAGAAGUGAGACGUGGCGAGUUCCCCACAGGAGGAAGUUACACCAGCCCCAUCAGACAGGGAUGCUUUGAACUGCAUGGGGACAGAGUAAUCAGACUGGGCAUUAACAUGUACACUGGGAACCAUCCAGAGGAGACACACACAUCCAAGUCUCAUUCUGUCAAGAAGGAUGACGUUCCCAACCUGCUGGCCAAGGAGGAGCUGAACCUGCUGGCUCGUCUGAUGGGCAGCAUGAAGGCCGAGAACAUGCCAGAAACUGAAACUGGCUUUCGGAUCAACCUGUUUACUACAGACCAAGAGGAGGAGGACGCGGGAGCUUCAGGUGGAGCUGAGCAGUCGUUGUUCGGAGUGAUAAAUAUUCAAGCUAUGCAGGACGAACAUGUUGCGACUCAGCUGGCUCAAAUCGCCGGACAGUUUGCCGAAGGAGAGGAGCAGCCGGAAAAUCUCAGCAGCAGCAAAGGAGACGACCUGCUGGCCAUGAUGGACGACCUCUGA